AUGCAUGGAGGUAAACAACAUGGAAAAUACGAUGUGGCCAAUUUCCCGAGCAAGGUACACAUAGUGGCAGAUAGGGCGCAGACACCCACACCCCACCAACAUAUUUUAUGUAAAUUUUCGCUACUAAUCCAAACUCCUGACAGGAAACCAUCGGAUAAACUAGUGCUGAACAAAGGGAGCUCGGUAAAAACAGAAAGCAGCCGCCCGCUGUUACGGUCUGCCCGUUUAAAAGACGACUUGCAUUUCACGCUCGUGUCUAAUGGCGGAUUAAAGGCGAACAAAGGACGGCCGCCAUCUUGUAGCUAUGACCGAGCACUUACAGGAGGAGGGAAGGUGAAGAGAAAAGGGGAGGAAAUCAUGAAGAGAUUCAGCCAGUAG